AUGGCUUCUUACCACUUCCUUCUGUUUGCUCUUGUUGGUGCUAUAGCACUUUCUGAAGCAGAUGCUGAAAAGAAGUUAUCCCCAGACUUCUACUCAAGCAGUUGCCCGAAGCUGUUGCCUGUAGUGAAACAAGGAGUCAUAAAAGGCAUUAAAGAUGAAACUCGCAUAGGAGCUUCCUUGCUCCGAUUGCAUUUCCAUGACUGCUUUGUAAACGGCUGUGAUGCAUCUAUACUGUUGGAUGAUACAAGCAAUUUCAUAGGAGAGAAAACGGCAGCACCUAAUAAUAAUUCAGCCACAGGGUUCAACGUGAUCGAUGACAUUAAAGCCGAGGUGGAGAAAGCAUGCCCUGGGGUUGUGUCCUGUGCUGAUAUUCUUGCUCUGGCUGCUCGAGACUCUGUUGUAUAUCUAGGGGGACCAUCGUGGAAAGUAGACUUGGGGAGAAGGGAUUCUAUCACAGCUAGCAGAGCUGAUGCCAAUAACUCCAUUCCUGCACCCUUUCUCAAUUUAACUGCCCUCAAAACGAAUUUCGCCAACCAAGGGCUCUCUGUGAAGGACUUGGUGGUUCUUUCAGGUGGACAUACCAUUGGUCUUGCUAGAUGUUUAACAUUCCGAGCACACAUCUACAAUGAUUCCGACAUUGAUGCCUCCUUUUCCAAGUCCCUACAUAGCAAGUGCCCCAUAAGUGGAAAUGACGAUUCACUCGCACCCCUUGACCUUCAAUCUCCUACCCAUUUCGAUAAUCUAUACUUCAAGAAUUUACUGGCUAAAAAGGGUCUUCUUCAUUCUGACCAGGAGCUAGUCAAUGGGGGUUCCACCAACAAAUUGGUGAAGAAAUAUGCUACUAAUACAGCUGCAUUCUUCAAAGCCUUUGCCAAGGGCAUGGUCAAACUGAGCAAUAUCAAGCCUCUAACAGGAAACGAGGGGCAGAUCAGAAUCAAUUGCAGAAAAGUCAAUUAA